GCUGUGAAUAAAAAGAUGUAUGUUUUCGUGCCGGGGAAAUAACCUUCGAUAACCUUCGGUUGGUUAUAAAUAAAAAGAGCGAUGAAUGAGUGGUGAUCCCGAAAUAAUCAAUACUUAAUAUAACGUGAUUCCGAUCACUAGAAUCGCACGUACAUUUUUCGUAUAACACAUACGUACAACGCGUAGUUCGAGAUUACAGCUCAUCCAAAAUAUUCCGACGAGUUCGUUCAACUCCGAAUUAUUAAUCGCGAUAAUAAUAAGAAGAGUUCGGAGAAAAAGAAAUAAAGAAAACAAGAAAAUAUAUCGAUAUGACGCAAAACGAAGAAUUACAUUCAACAGCUGCGCGAAUUGUCAAGACGAAAACAACGCCGGUUCAGAUCAACGGUCAUACUUUAGCGGGUUUGAACGAGGUCCGAGAUCUCGGUGCCUCGGGUUCGGAGGUGUCUGGAUCUCCGGCGAUCAGCGCGGCCCUCAAGGAUUCCGGCGUGAAAACUGUUAUGGGCAGUACAGACUCGAGCGGAAACGCGGGGGGCGGUCAGUCCUGCGGUCUCGUGAGUUCGCUUUUCCCAAGCAGCUGCAGGGGUCGCGCGGAAGCUUUCGCGCGUCGUUUGCACCACCGUCUGACGUCUCUAGGUGGCGAGGGGGAGGAGCGAAAGCUCGGCGCGGAGCUGGCGCCAUCUGAGACCUCGUGGCUUCACUCGGGAGCAACGGUGGCGCCUGCGCACAGCCAACAGCAGGUACUGCAGCGCCAACCGAAGCACAGCUCGGACUCAGACCUCUACUUCGACUUCGAUAUCGACGAUCCGGACGCCCCCGGCUCGCCAGCUGAGGAAAUUACCGCCGCCGAGCUUGCGGGGCUGCUGCUGAACCCCGAAGCUCUCGCUCUCGGCCGUUGCCCCGAGCCCUGCUCACUGGGCCCCGAAUCGGGGUGCGUAUUCUCGUCCCCGGUCUCCGGGGCCUCGCCGGAGAGUGACUCCUCCGAGGUAUACUACGACCCUGAGACCUCGGAGGCGGAGCGGGCCGAGUCUUUCUACGACCUCGAGACCUCGGACAGCGACGGUCCUGCCAUUGGAAACGGGCCUACGGCCCGGGUUGUUGGUCGGAGACACGGCUCGCCGAUACCCGAUGAACCGCCUCCGUCCAAGGCCGAGUCCUCGGAGUCCUGCAGCGAGUCGAACGGCUUCGGACCGUUCCGAAAUGCGAAGACUGCGGGGCACAAAGCUAGCUCUGAGGACUCUCUCGACACCACCUCUCCCAGCCACGAGUCCCUCUGGAGUACCUUCGACGACAGCACGAUGUCACUGCAGGACGAGAGUCCCGCACGACCUUGGGGAAUUGGAGGCCUCGUCGCUCCCGUUAACGUCCAUAAGUCCCACUCCGACUCGGAGAUCAUACCGUCUAUCAACGGCGUGAAGGACGAGGUCGACUUCGCGAGGGUCAAACCGAGGAGUCUUCACUUACCGGGUGGGAGCGACGACGCUCAGAGCGACACGGAGACCGACCACUCGACGUACAGCAGCAGCAUAAACAUACCCGGUGAUUUGACUCUGGAGUGUCCUAGCGGGGCACGAGUGUCGCUACAGGACGAUGAUCGGCUCGUUAAAAACGAGGUUAAGCUCGAGAUUCAGGAUGAAACGGUGACGAACGGUGACGCCGAGAAGAUGGUUGAGCUCCUGAAGCGGCUCGGCGCCGGGGAGCUAAUCGACAACGAGGAUGAGAACGAAGUCGAGGAGGAGGAGGAGCAGGAAAGGCCACGCAGGGUGAGGCGGUGCUCGUCGCUCAAGACCGGAAAGACGCCACCCGGAACUCCGGGGCGCAAGAAGAUUGUCAGGUUCGCCGAUGUCCUUGGACUUGAUCUCGCCGACGUGAGGACGUUCCUCGACGAGAUACCGAAGGUUCCGAACUCCGCCUACUCGGACCUCAUAUACGACGAUACCCUGAUCAAGGAACCGGCCCCCCAAAACUGGCACUCCAAGUACCUUGAGACCCAGACUUCGAGUAGUUUGGCUAGACACAAGCCCGAAAAGCUGCUGGUACCGCUUUUCCAGCAACCCGGUGGCCUUCCCGACUUCCUCGACAAGGUCCGCGAGCGUCAGGUUUGUUUGGAGAACGUCCUUGUCCAGGACCCCGUCAGCCUCUGCCUCAGCGGUACUGUCAGGGUGCGAAAUCUCGACUUUCACAAGUCCGUUCACAUUCGGUACUCCCUGAACGGAUGGCAGAGCUUUAGCGAUCUUCAGGCUACCUAUGUUUCCAACUCCUGUGACGGAUUCAGCGACAAGUUCAUGUUCACGCUUUAUUGCCAUACUCUCGCCGUUGGUCACCGGAUCGAAUUCGCCGUCAGGUAUCAGUGCAAGGGUGCUCAGUACUGGGACAAUAACGCCGGCGCAAAUUAUUGCUUCCAGUGUCUACCCGCUGUUUCCUCCACUUCUUAUAUACCCAUUACUGCUAACGAUAACGGAUCCAGGGACUGGCUUGAACCUGCUUUUUACUAGGGCACCUUGCUCCAAUGCGCUGGAUUAUUUAGGAGGCCACAGGAAUCGGGUGAAACCCGAUCCUGCAACGGAGAUGAUGCGUUGAUGUUAACCAUGAUCAUUGCCGUUAUUCUGCAGGGGGGACAGCCAAGAAGAAUUCAGUUAGCAAACUAUAGAGAACGGUAUGAGUUGACUUGGACAAAUUGAGAAAAUACAGAUUCGGUAAGAAUUGUUAUCACUGUAUCAAUGGAACAAGUCAGUGAUGCCAACUAUGGUACAGAAUUUUUCAGACUCGUUUCAAUUUGUCGAUCGUGAGGAAUGGGGAAUGGUUGAAAAGCAUGCAUACCGAAAUGAACAAACAUCAAGUUUUAUCACAAUAUGACUUGUUUGCCGU